GUUGCCUAGCAACCACCUCGAAACAACCAAGAGAGUUGACAGGCGCCUGAGCGGGCAAACUUACACGUUCAGUUUGUUUUUGUUUGGAAAAGUAACCAAAACACGUCCGCGGCGAAUGGAGCGAGAGUUAGACGAGGAAGAGCUGCAGGAUUUCUACGCAUGGAUCGAUAAAAUCCCUCUCUCGAGGCCCAAAAGAAACAUCACCAAUGACUUCAGCGACGGAGUAAUGGCAGCUGAAGUUGUUAAGCAUUUCUUCCCAAAGCUGAUUGACUUGCACAACUACACUCCUGCCAGCUCAACUCAACAAAAGCUCAGCAACUGGAGCCUUCUCAACAGGAAGGUGUUUUCCAAGUUGAACUUCCACGUGCCUGAGAAGUCAGUGAAGAAGAUUGUACUAAGAACGGCGGGAGUGAUCGAGAGCGUGCUGACCGCCCUACGUGAGAAGAUAGACAAGAAGCUAGAGUACAACUCACAGAACGUACUAGAUUUGGGAUACUAUGACACCAGCAACGCAGAGAGCAGUCACACAGAUCUUGGUGAGUCUGAGGUGAGGUAUCUGUCUCAGAUGGCAUCUGACGGGCUGAGCAAGGAUGAUAAGUUGAAAUUGGAAAAAAGAAUACAAAACACAGCCCAGUUUUACUCCAACUUGGACCCGCCUCUGCGGAAAAUUCUGAAAGAAAAAGAGCAUGCGGCCAUGGCUUUGCAGGAGACAGUCGAGAUCCUGCAGAUGAAGGUGAGCAAGUUAGAGCGUCUGGUUCAGCUGAAGGACAUGCGGAUAGAAGAUCUGAGGCAGAACCUGGAAAAGUGUAACUGUAUGAAUGGAAAACAAAUUUAUUCUAACGUGUAGCAUGCAAAACUUAGAAAUACUUAAAUUAAGUACAAGACUUGGAAUUGUUUGUUUUGCUUCGGGUAAUCCCUUAAACAAAAAGAAGCAGUGUUAAUUUACGGUUUGUUAAUUUACUUAUAUUUUUUUAACUGUCGCUCCCAUAAGAAACAAUAGAAUGAGUUAUACUUGUAAAGCGCUUUUCUACCUUCAAGUUACUCAAAGUGCUUUGACCCUAUUUGGCGGGAGCUGCCAUGCAAGGCCCCAACCACGACCUAUCUGGAGCAAUGGUGAAGUUGUCUUCUUUUUUUUUCUUUUUUUCAUCCCAAAAACGAAACACAUCCAAGCAUUUCAUUAGGUAAAAUACAAGAGAAGUAUACCACACUUUUAUUUUGUAAAGUAAAUCUGUACGGCAGAUAUGAGCAUCUAUUGUACGUCAGGGGUUUCAAACUCAUUUUAGAUUGGGGGCCACAUGGAGAGAAAUCUACUCCCAAGUGGGCCAGUAAAAUUACGGCACGAUAACUUAAAAAUAAAGACAACUUCAGGUUGUUUUCUUUGUUUAAAAAUAGAACAAGCACAUUCUGAAAAUGUACAAGUCAUAAUGUCGUCGUGUUUUUUUUACACUCACAUGUUGCGGUUAAUGGUAUUCUAUCUUUAUUUGUUAUUAUUUAUAUUUUCUGCAUAAAUCAUUGUGAUAAUGUUCAUCAUUCAACUCAUUGGUUUUAAAGUUCAAUCUAUCAAGAUAAAAAUACAUCAAAAAUUGAAUUACAGUACGGGGCGGUUUAGCUCGGUUGGUAGAGCGGCCGUGCCAGCAACUUGAGGGUUGCAGGUUCGAUUCCUGCUUCCGCCAUCCUAGUCAAUGCCGUUGUGUCCUUGGGCAAGACACUUUACCCACCUGCUCCCAGUGCCACCCACACUGGUUUAAAUGUAACUUAGAUAUUGGGUUUCACUAUGUAAAGCGCUUUGAGUCGCUAGAGAAAAGCGCUAUAUAAAUAUAAUUCACUUCACAUAAUUCUCUUUUUAUUUAUGGAGUUUGAUCAUUUUCCUCGACUGAUGUAUUAACACGUGGUUUAAUUUUUACAUAUGUAGCAUCAUCUACAAAAAAUUGCUAUUGCGACAUCCAGUGGACACAUUUAGAACAGCUGUUUAUUUCAUUCAAAAAUUUCAUGUUAAUUUUUAUACUUAGCAAACUCAUCCCACGGGCCAGAUAAAACCUGUUCGCGGGCCUGAUCUGGCCCUCGGGCCUUACGUUUGGCACCCCUGAUCUACAUUAACAAUAUGAUUUCAGGACAGGUCAGAUUAAAAAAAAAAAGGUUACAAUAUUUUAUUAGUUUUUUUUAACCCGUUGGCCAGAUUGUUGACUCUAGUUUUUUUGGGUCCCCCUGGUUUAGAGUAUCAAAAGGAGGCCUUUUAUGGCUGCUUAUGGGUUAUUUGCCGAUUCUUGCUUUUUGUGGAGUCUCGUCCGAAGAUGGCGAAAAUUUGUCCUUAGGGGUUUAUAAAACACUGUAAAUACAUUUGGAAAUAAAUAUGCUUCUUUUUGUGCAAGGGACCGCUUUGAACUACACCAGCUACUUCAUGUGAUAAUGUGGUUGUAAAGUGUGUUAUUGUUUUGUUCAAGACACAGUGUAUAUUGUCACUGUUUGAUAUCUUCAGGUCAUACUUUAACACGUCAUCCUCUGUUCUUUGUGGAUUUUUAUUAUUAUUUAAACAUGUGUGGGCUUUUGUACAGCUCAAGAUGUUUGGUUGCCAUGUACUCUCAAUAAAUAGACA